CGAAGAGGAAGAAAAAACUGAACGGACGAAAAGAGAGGCCCGAAAAUGUUCCCAGGUUGCCAAAAUCCUCAUGAAAGAGGAAAAACGAGCAAUUCUAAAAGAGGUAACAUCUAUCUUGAAAAAAGCUGAAUGUGAUAGAACAGAAGCAGAAUUAACACAACUGAAAUUAGCAGCAGAUGUGGUCAAGAUUGUGGAAAAACGAGCCAAAUUACAAAAAACAAGAAAAGACAGACUUUUAGAGACUGAAGAUCCAGCCGAAUUAUUAGAUAAUAAAUGUUACCAACUUGCUGAGAAGAUUAAAUCCUGUAAAAAUAUAGUGGUUUAUACAGGAGCUGGUAUAAGCACUGCAGCUUCAAUUCCUGAUUAUCGAGGCCCUAAUGGGAUAUGGACACUCUUGAAGAAAGGACAAGAGCCUAGAGCUCAAGACUUGAGUGAUGCUGAGCCCACUUUUACUCACAUGAGUAUAACUAAAUUACAACAACAAGGACAUAUUUCCUAUGUUGUGUCUCAAAACUGUGAUGGGUUACAUUUACGAAGUGGUUUUCCUCGGAACGCUUUAUCGGAAGUUCAUGGCAAUAUGUAUUUAGAGACCUGCUAUAGUUGUAAACCUAAAAUAAGGGAAUAUGUCAGGCUCUUUGAUGUGACAGAGAAGACUGGUAUGAGACGCCAUGCCACUGGUAGAACAUGUCAUAAAUGUGGGGGAAUGUUAAAAGAUACUAUUGUACAUUUUGGAGAAAAGGGUGGAAUGAAAUCACCUUACCAUUGGAAGAAAGCUGCUAAGGCUGCAAACAAUGCUGAUAUGAUACUUUGUCUUGGAACAAGUUUAAAGGUGCUCAGGCAAUACCCCUGUUUAUGGGCAAUGGAUAAAAGACCAUCUCAAAGACCAACACUAUGUAUUGUUAAUUUACAGUGGACACCUAAAGAUGAUAAUUCAGCUUUGAAAAUUAAUGGUAAAGGUCGUUGUGAUGAGGUAUUUGAUAGAGUUAUGAAGUUUCUAAAUUUAUCAGUUCCACCUUAUACAAGGCACUCAGAUCCUAUAUUUCGCUUGGCCACUCAACUCAGGAGACAUGAAAAAGAUUCCACUGAAAAGAAGAUUUUA